AUGCCAAAGAAUGCUCUGGUGACCCUCAGAUAUGGGCCUUAUCGAAGCUGCGGGGUGGUGGAGCACAGAACUUUUCGCCUGGAGGGCAUGCAAGCUGUGUUAAAAAAAGACGGGCAUCAAAUUGUUCUCGAGCAAAUUCCCGAUUGGAAUGAUGUGCAGCUGAUUGUGAAUGGAGAGACCGUCUUCCAGUGCAACAUUAAUGAUUUAGAUUUUGGAGGAGAUGGAAAGUUGGAUCCUCUUUGCCAAGAAGCUCGAGAGGCAGUCUUAAAGGCCUACUGA